AUGGGUACAACUCGAAUCUCGAAAUUAAAAUGCAUUCAGAUUCGCCCCAGCUAUGACCGGAUCUUGAAUUCGAGACUGGAUGGGGCCUACUUUUAUGAACUAAGCUCUCUCGAGUUUCUUGCUAUCACAACAGGAAGAGGCUGGGGAAAUGGAGUGGUGGUGAGUUGGCAAGACGGGAGAGGAAUCGGAGAAUCCAGCGUUGCUUUCUUCAGAAAGGCCUGUCCACAGAGCUCCCUACCCUUUGUUCGUCAACCUUGGACCGGCUAUGAGGAACCCUCCCCAGUCCCCAUACACCUCUCCACAUAAUCAAGCAUGCCGACCUUAUCAACAUGGCGUGAAUAUUGCGGCCACAAUUAAUAUAUAGUCGAAAAGGAAUUGUACUGUCUCCUUUCAGCCAUCAUGACAAGAACGCAAAGGAUAUUCAACUUUUUGCAACAACAUCAAUAAAGCUCUAUUGUCGUUUGGUGAUAUUAUUAGAUUUAUGUGAAAUUGUAUAUAAGAUAUUAUUUACUUUCUAAUCAAAUUAGUCAGAAAUUGUAUCUUAGAUGCUUACUGUAGACUAAGGGCAUUAAGAAUUAGGCUUGAAAAUGAAUGUGUUUGUUUUAAUUUAAUUUAUAGGCUUCAGCUUGGAGUCAUGUUUUCUUAUGUGGUCCACCAAAUUUCAGAUGUAACUCUUAUCAAUAAAUUCAUGGAAAACUACUAUUUUACUUUGAACUUAGUAUCUCAAACAUACAAAAAGAAAAAAAAAAUAAUGUUACAAACUUACCUUAGUUUGGCAGCUUGCAAAGC